AUGCAUUGGAGUGAUGGUGUACAUCAAUUUCUUGAAUUAAAACAUAAUUUACGUAUGACACCAGAACGUAUGUGUGAUUCAUUUUUCUCAAAUGUUACUCUUUUUAAACGAUAUCAACCACAUUUAUAUGGAGUACCAGGAACAUUGGGCGGGAAGGAUGCAAGAAAAUUUAUUGAAUCUGUCUAUGAAAUCGAUACUGUAAAUAUACCGAAAUAUAUUAAUAGUGUUUUCGAUAUUUAUCAAAUUCUAAUUAUAUGUGAAACAAUUUGUGAUGCUGAAGAUGUUCGAUCAGCAUUAAUUUCUCAACAUCCCCAAUUAAAAUUAUAUCUUCGUAGUGAUCUAUCUGAACAUGUUAAACCAGAAGAAGUUCAUUCGGAUGAUGUUAUUCUUGCUACAAAUCUAGCUGGAAGAGGAACUGAUUUGAAAACAAUGACAGCUGUCAAUGAUAAAGGUGGUUUACAUGUUAUUGUUACAUUUAUGCCAAGAAAUUCUCGUGUUGAACAACAAGCAUUUGGUCGAGCAGGACGACAAGGUCAACCAGGUUCAGCUCGUUUAGUUGUUUAUAAUGAAAAUAUUGCUCUUCAAAUCAACGAAAAUAUGGAUGAAACUAUAUUAAUCGAGAGUUGGAGAGAUGUACGAAAUCAACAGGAAAAAAGUGAUAUGAAUGAAGCUAUAACAGAAGUUCAACGAAUCGAAGCGAAAGAUCGACUUCUUGUUCUAAGUCAUUUAAUUGUUCAUCCAAAAUAUUUCAUUUAUGCUGGUUUUCAUGCUUUGUGUACGAAUGAUAUCGACGAUACUAGAGAAGUAGCAUUAGGCCUAUACAAACGUGCAUUGGAAAUUGAUUCAGAAGAUUUCAGUGCACAUUAUAAUACAAUACCAUGCUAUAUUAAAAAUAAUCAAAGACCUAUCAAUGAGGCUAUACAAGUAUUCGAUCGAGCAAUUAAAUUAUUGAACGUAGCAAUUGAAACACGUAAAUUAUUAGAAAUCUUUCACGAUCCACCAAUAUCUGAUGAUAGUGAAACACAAAAGAAUGAACCUGUCGAUCAAACAAGUCUUGCUGAAUUGAUCUAUCUUCAAAUAGUUAAUUCAAUUUUUGAACAGAGUCGUGAACAAUUAAAACAAUUCGAUAAAAAUAACGAGACGAUAAUCUGUAAAUUAGAACAAUGGCCAGAAACAUGGGAGUGUUUAAAAGGUACGAAACUGGAACCAUUAACAAACGAUAUACAUGCCGAACGUAAAGAAUGGCUUCAUGAAGGUUUGUUGUUGCGUUAUGUAUUUGUUAUUCAAGUAAAACGAUGUUGGUGGAAAACUGUAUUUGUAUUUGUUAUGGGAGUUGCACAAAUUGUUGGUGGUGCUUAUUUAUGCUUACAAGGUCAAUUCAGAUUAGGUACAUCGUUAAUUCUUGAUGGAGCUCUUGAUGUUUAUAAAGCUGUUGCGACUAACAUUACAGCUGAUUUUGAUCUAGCCAAUUAUUUGGAAGGUAAAAUGGUUGGAGUUGCUAUUGAUGCUGUUCGUCAAAUCGAUAAAAAUGGAUUUACAGUAGAAAACUUAACCCAACUUGCUGAGGCUGGAAUGUCACUUGCUGGUGUUGAUCAGAAGACUGUUGAUUUUGUUAAGAAACUUCCAGAACGAAUCAAAGAUGCUGAAGCAUUAGUUAGUGGUGAUAUUGAUAAAAUGUUGGAACUAGGGCAAAUGGCUGUUCUUCCUGUUCAAACGAUUAGAAAAUUUGCUAAAGAUGGAUUCACUUUUGAAACAGCCAUUCAACUUGUUAUCGAUAGUAUGACUAUGGCUGGUGUUGAUCAGAAAGCGAUUGAUGUAGUUAAACAAUUACCAGAUCGAAUUCAAGAUGCACAAGCAUUACUUAGUGGUGAUAUAAAUAGGAUAAUGGAACGAGGUGUAAUAGCUGGUCUUCUUAGAGUUGGAACCGGUCUAAAAAUAAGAGGCAAACAGCAGCGGCAAACAACCGGUUCAAAACAGCAGACCGGACCGGACCGACCAGUGACCAGCCGGCCCAAAAAUCUUUUUAGACCGGUGAAAAACGGCAAAAAGACCGGCCGGUUUUCAACAAAUUUCGAGAACGGUGAAAAACCGGCAAAAAACUGGGCGGUUUAG